AUGCCACGACCUAAGAAAAGGGCCCGCAUAGCCAAGAGGCUUGCACAACGGUGUGCAAAUACAGAGGUUCCGCCGCUUCCUCUUAAAAAAAUGGCAGAGGCUGCACCACUUCCUCUUAAAAAAGGGCAAACAGAGGCUGCACCGCUUCCUCUUAAAACAAGUCAGGCAGAGGCUGCACAGCUCCCUCUUAAAACAAGUCGAGCCGAGGUUUUGCGGCUUCCUCGUAAAAAAAUGGCUGAAAACAAAAAUUCUGACAAAAAUUCUGACAAAAAUUCUGACAAAAACUCUGCUUCAAGCUCUGCUUCAAACUCUUUCAAAAACCCAGUCAAAAACCCAGUCAAAAACCCGUCAAAAACCCAGUUACCUCCACAGAACUCUGAACAAAACUUUAAAAUGUACAGAACUUUACAUGAAAAUGCUUUGAAUACUUUACCUGCAUGUGUUGAAUUUCUACAGAAACCAUUACUGAAAGGUUCCUUUCAUCAAGGUGAUGCCCGCUUUGGAAAUUCACGUGGCAGACAGUGUGGUGCCAUCAGUCUGAUAGCAGUGUUGAUGAGCAAGAUGAAGAACGUGUUGACCUGGACAACACAAGAUCUCAAUGGUGUAUUGGUUGCAGGAACACGCCUUUAUGAAUCUUUACGAAACCAGGGUAACAUAAAUGACCGGGAAGUCAUGGGUAGGCAUUACAUUGCUGUCCAUGAAUUACCAAGGAGACAUGUGCUGGGUAAUACUGUCUUUUCCAUAGAAUAUGCAGAGUCUCUCACUGGAUUUGUUAAUGUUGAUGACUAUGAUGAAUCCUUAAGGAAUGUGGCCAUGCCAGUUGAUGUAGCUCUUCAGCGAGCUCUAUUGAGUGCUGAUGCUUUCCUUUUAUGUAUUUGUGCCAACACAUGUGCAGUUAUUAAGGAGGGCUCAUGGUAUGCCUUUGUUGAUUCUCAUGCUAACAUGACAGAGACAAGUUGUGUUGCUUAUCACAGCACCAUAGAAUCUUUGUAUAACUACAUUAAUGAGAUGGCACAGUCAUUUGGGGUAAUUGCGCCACGAUUUGAGAUAACUGGAGUUUUUGCUCAUGCAGAUGCUGAAGUUUCUCACUCGCUGGAGGCAGACCGCAGCAGUUUUCCAUGCUCUUCUGGUAAAGCACUUUACAGUGAAGUUCUAAAACGCAAACCUAAGGUAUGCAAAUCUGUGACGACUGAGGUAAGGUCAUCUGUCUUUCAAUCACCUGAGGCUGAAGUUCAAAAUACAAGCACUGAUGUUCCCAUGCCACAACCAGUGUGUAAUGUGUUGCCGAGUAAAGGAAAAAGGGGGAGAAGUAAAAAUCAGUAUGAACUAUCAGAGAAAUGGGUUACGAAGUCCCACUCGCUGGAGGCAGACCGCAGCAGUUUUCCAUGCUCUUCUGGUCCGUGUCAGACAAAGAGUAUCAAACCAGAUGGUAACUGCUUUUUCAGAUCACUGGCAUAUGCAAUUUGUGGAAGUGAGGACAAGCAUUUGAAGAUUCGCCGUGCAGUUGUCAAACACCUGAAAAUGAACCCUUCAAUAUUUGAGAGAGGUCAAGACAUUUGCGCAGGAAAGUGUGGGAAUGCUACUUCAAAUGAGGUGAGAAUGCCAUGUCUGCGUAAAAGGAAGGUAAGCGACGCUGCAGAAUGUGACCAAGAGACCAAGAGACAGAAAAAAUGGAAGUAUGAGAAGUCCAAGUAUGAUAAUGACAUUGAUUUCAGACAGAAUAAAAUUGACUAUGCCAAAACAAAAUACUGUGAUGACAUUGAUUACAGGGAGAAUAAAAUUGACUAUGCCAAAACAAAAUAUUGUGAUGACACUGAUUACAGGGAGAAUAAAAUUGACUAUGCCAAAACAAAAUAUUGUGAUGACACUGAUUACAGGGAGAAUAAAAUUGACUAUGCCAAAACAAAAUACUCUAGUGAUAAAGAUUAUAGACAGAAAAAAAUGAAAGUUCUUCGUGAUAAAUAUUUAAAAGAUUAUCAUGUUUGUUUGUUUAAGUGUGAACGUUCUAAGGCCAAGUAUUCAAGCAAUAUUCAGUUUCAGAAGCGUGUUUGCCAGUAUUCUCGAAUGAAAUAUAAAAAUAAUGUCUCAUUUCAGGCAACUGUACGCGAGUAUUCCAAGAAGAAAUAUCUUCAAAACCUGGACUUUAACGCAAGAGUACGUGAGUAUUCCAAGAAGAAAUAUCUUCAAAACCUGGACUUUAAAGUAAGAGUGCGUGAGUAUUCUAAGACAAAAUAUCACAAAGAUGUAAACUUUCAUUUCAGUAAAAUACAAAAAGGCUGUGAGGUAUAUGCAAAAAAAAGGGAAAAACAGAAAGACAUUGGUGUUGCCAUUGCUGGUUUUCGUCAAGAAGUGAGUAGAGGUCCAGAGUUUGUGUGCUGUGUUUGUCACCGUUUACUUUUCAGAAAGCAGGUUGCUGAAUGCAAACCAGAAUGCUAUGAAGACAAAGGAGACAAAAUUGCUGCUUUGGCAAGAAGAUGCAUCACCCUGAGGUAUGUGCAUGUUUGUGAUGAAAAAUGUCAUAAUACUUCUGGUUUUUCUCCAAGGUGCAAAUUGUGGAUUUGUCCAACCUGUCAUCGAAAAAUCAUCAGUGGAAAACUGCCUGAAGAGAGUGUUGCUAACAAUAUGCAUUUGGUGGACAUUCCAAAUCAACUAAAGUGUCUUAACUCUUUGGAACAACAUCUUGUGGCACGUAAUAUUCCUUUUUUGAAAUUACUCUGUCUUCCCCGUGGAAAACAAAAUGGCUGCCAUGGACCGGUGGUGUGUGUUCCUGUAAAUACUGCAGAUGUGUCAAAUAUUCUUCCACGAAAUGAAUGUGAUGACAAGAUGAUAAGGAUAAAACUGAAGCGCAAGUUAACCUACAAAGGGCAUUAUGAGUACAAGCAUGUUCACACUGAUCGUGUUAGAAAUGCUCUGCGACGUUUGAUCAGGUGCAAUAAAUGGUACAAGGAUGUGGAGAUUAAUGAACAAUGGAUCAACUCUUUGAAUGAACCAGAAGAGAAUGUUGCUGAAGAAAUGGAGGAACAAGCUGAAGUUGAAAAGAGUGAAGAGGAAAAUGAUACUGAAGAACAGCCAGAGGAAGACUUGACUUACAUCAAAGAGCAGAGUGGUCUUUUGUCAGACACAUGUUUACAACCUGUCGAUCUUGGUUCAGAAGUAAUUGAUCAGCACUUUCAAGAUGUAUUAAAUGUGGCACCAGCUGAAGGUAACAGUCCUGUUAAAUUACUGUCUGAUAAAAGCAAUGAAGCAAAAUGUUUUCCUGUUCUCUUUCCAACUGGUGGUCCAACAUUCCAUGAUGAGAGAGAAAGAAAGAUCACACUGUCACGAUACUUGAAUGCAAGAAUCCUCAACGCAGAUGGACGUUUUGCACGGAGUACAGACUUUAUUUUCUAUGCACAAUACAUGUCGGAGUUGGAUCAAAUUGUAUCUAAUGUUUCUAUUGCUUUGCGAAAAGGGUCGGACAAGAGGUUGUUGCAAGGAGUAACCUCGGAUAUGCUGACAAACCCAGAGUCGUUAGCUAAAAUAUUGAAUUAUGAUGAAGGAUACAAAUUUUUGAGACCAGUCCGUGGAACGCCACCCUAUUGGCAAUCGACUCAAAAAGACCUUUUUGCUCUCAUAAGACAACUAGGUAUUCCAACUUUCUUUGCAUCCUUUAGCUCUGCUGAUCUCAGAUGGCCUGAAAUGAUCAACACCAUCCUGGAGCAAGAACAGAAAAAUGUCAGUGUUGAUGAGCUUGACUGGUCUGAGAAAUGUGGACUAAUUCGACGAAACCCAGUCACUGCUGCAAGGAUGUUUGAUUAUAGAUGGCAUUGUUUUUUGAAGGAUGUCAUUAUGUCACCUGCUCAACCUAUUGGAAAGAUCAAAGACUACUUCUAUCGUGUAGAGUUUCAACAGCGUGGAUCUCCUCAUGUUCAUUGUCUGUUUUGGGUUGAAAAUGCUCCAAAGUUAAAUGAAGACAACGAAGACAGUGAUGCUGUGGUUGCUGCUUUCAUAGAUCAUUAUAUCACUUGUGAGACACCAGGAGAUGAUGACGCAGAACUUUAUGAGACUGUGAACAGUGUUCAAAAGCACAGCAGAAGACAUUCCAAGACAUGCCGGAAGAAAAACACAGUGUGUAGAUUUAAUUUUCCACGGCCUCCAUCUAGCCGCACCUUUAUAACAAGAGCUGUACGAGAUGACUUGAAAGGCAAUGAUGGAAAUGAGACUGCAAGUGCAAUUCUGAAGAAAAUCAAAACUGCGUUAACAGAAUCUGAAGUCAAUUUUGAUUCAACAGAUGCCUUUUUCCAAUCCAUUGGAAUUAAUCAAGCUGUGUUUGAGAAGGCGUACAAGAAAUGUUCUAAAAAGAAAAGUGUCGUCUUGAAACGAAGUCCAAAAGAUGUUUGGGUAAAUCAAUAUAACCCUCAUUUAUUGCGUGCAUGGCAAGGCAACAUGGAUAUCCAGUAUGUCACAGAUGCUUACUCUGUAGUGGUUUAUAUUAUUAGUUACAUCACAAAAGCAGAACAAGAAAUGGGACUGUUGUUGCAACGUGCACAAAAUGAAGCUAUGAAUGGAAAUCUUGAAGCAAGAUCAUCAUUAAAAAUGUUGGGAAGUGUAUAUCUACACAACAGAGAAGUUUCAGCACAAGAGGCAGUGUAUCGCCUAACAGGUAUGCACUUGAAAGAAUGCUCUCGCAAAGUCCAAUUUAUUCCAAUUGGAACUGAUCCUGUGAAGAUGAGUUUGCCUUUGCGUGUUCUCCAAAACAAAGAUGACCAUUCUGGUGAAGAGAAUUUUUGGAUGAAUAGUUUGGUUGACCGAUACAAGAGUAGACCAAAAACAGAACAUUUUGAGAUUCUGUGUCUGGGCAGUUUUUGUUCAGAAUACAGGAUAUUGUCAACAUCUGAGCUAUCUUCACAAAACAAAGAAAAUGUGAUCAAGCUUGACAACAAUUGUGGUUAUAUGAUAAGAAGAACUCGAACUGAACCUGCAGUAAUAAGGUAUCCAAGAUUUUCACCAACAAAAGAUCCUGAGAAGUACUAUCAUUCACUGUUACAACUUUUUUUACCACAUUAUGAAGAUUACCAGCUGAAGCCUGAGAAGUUCCACACUUAUGAGGAUUUCUACAACAAUGGUGCUGUGAAAUGUGGAAGUAAUGUGACUGAAGUAAAAUCUAUUGUUGAUUCUAAUCGAGCACUGUUUGAAAAGGACAGCGAUGAAAUAGACCGAGCUCAACAGGUUUUGGAGCUGGGUGUUGAUUUGGAAGAUGCUUGGGCUGCAUUGUGUCCUGAAACAGAGAAGGAGCGCCAUGAAUGUAUCGAGCUAAAGAAGAAUAACGUACUUCCUGAAGAAGAUGAUUCUGACACACUUAUUCCAGAUCUUGUAGCGAACCCUCGAACUGCAUUCACAAUUGAGAACAGUAAUGCUACAAUGUCUCGAGAUGAAGCAUUGGGUUUACUAAGAUCAUUAAAUGCUAAACAGUCUGCAAUAUUUUACAAAGUUCGCGACUGGUGUUUACAAAAACUGCAUGGAGAAAAUCCUGAACCGUUUCGCUUGUUUGUUACUGGUGGAGCAGGCACAGGAAAAAGCCAUUUAAUCAAAGCAAUAUGCUAUGAAUCUUCUAGACUCUUGUCUCAGCUGUCUGACAACCCUGAUGAGCGGAGUGUGAUUUUAUGUGCAUCAACUGGAGUAGCUGCAUACAACAUUGGCGCUGCUACCAUACACCACACUUUUUCAAUUGGUGCUAAUGUCAAACUGCCAUAUCAACCACUAAGUGAUGACAAAAUCAAUUCUCUGCGUUCCAAACUUGGAUGUUUGCAGAUUUUGAUUAUUGAUGAAGUAUCCAUGGUUGACCAUCACCUUUUGUCAUAUGUUCAUGGGAGAUUGAGACAAAUCAAACAAACUGGUGAUUACUCCCUCUUUGGAAAAGUAAGUCUUGUAGCUGUAGGAGAUUUUUAUCAGCUGCCGCCUGUCAAAGGAACUCCACUCUAUGCUGAUACAAAAGGAGUGAACCUUUGGGAAAACCACUUUGAAAUUGCUGAAUUAACUGAAGUUGUUCGGCAACAAGAUGUAACUUUUGCUGAAACCUUAAAUCGUCUGAGAGUUCGUAAAAAGAAUGAACCUCUGAGCUCAGGUGACAUCAACAUGUUGAAGCAACGUGAAACAGGAGAAGAAUGCGGUGAUGUUCAUAUAUUUCCUACAAAUAAAGAGGUUGAUGAAUACAAUAUUCAGAGACUAAAUGAGGUAUGUCCUGAGGCAAUCAGUAUUCGAGCUCAAGACUUUGAGAGAAAUCCAAAAACUGGAAGGAUUGAAAAAAAAGUUGGAUUUCAUUUAACUGUUUUCAACUCCUGUUUGGCUAAAUGUGUUUCCUUGGGUGUUGGAGCAAGAGUUAUGUUAAAGAAAAAUAUUAAUGUUUCGGAUGGACUUGUGAAUGGAGCCUUUGGUACAGUUGUCCAUAUUAACAGAAGUCAAAAACAGGACGAUGAUUAUGAUGAUGACUUUCCAUCAGCCAUUCAUGUGGAAUUUGAUGAUCCAAAUGUGGGAAAAAUUCAGAGAUCAAACCAACAACAUAGAUUUUCCCAAAAUUCUACAGUAAUUGAAGUUCAAGAAGAUCAAGUCACAAACAACGGUGGAUUAAGGCGCCAAUUUCCACUUAGACUGGCAUGGGCAUGCACUGUUCACAAAGUCCAAGGGCUCACAGUAGAUAAAGCUGUCGUAUCCCUUGACAAGAUCUUUACUUCAGGACAAGCAUAUGUUGCAUUGAGUCGUGUGAGAACUCUCAAUGGACUAAUUAUUCAAAACUUCAAGGAGUCUGUAAUAUACUGUAAUGAUCAAAUUGACUUGGCAAUGAAAAAUAUACCAAAAUUUCCAUUAGAAAGUCACACUUUCUCAAAGACACCUGGUAUAUUUACAAUUGCUCUUCAGAAUGUGCAAAGUCUUCAAGCUCAUGUUCAAGAUAUUCAAGCUCACAGACAACUUAUGAAUGCAGAUUGUAUUUGUUUAACUGAAACAUGGCUACAAGUUGAAGACCAAGUACAAAUACCAGGAUUUAUUUUCAAGCAUAAUCCAAGAGCUAAGUGCUAUGACAACAGCACUCCCCUUUUCAGUAAUUUAAAACAACAGCGAGGAGGUGGGGUUGCUAUCUACUGUUGUGAAAACAUGUUUUUUAAUGUCAUCAUUCCAGAACCUUGCAAUUUGGAAUGUUUGUACUUCUCAGUUCCACAUAUCAGUUUGAAUGCUGCUCUGCUGUACAGGCCUAAUUCAUAUCAAAUUGAUGUGUUUCGACAAAAUCUGUUACAUGUCAUUACUGAGCUGGAAAAACAUCCAGGAAAGAAAGUAAUUAUGGGAGACUUCAAUGAGGACAUCUUAACAUCAUCUUCAAUUGGGACACUAAUGGAAGUCCAUGGAUACAGUCAACAUGUGCAAUGUCCUACAACUGAAAAGGGUACGUUAAUAGACCAUGUCUAUAUUAAAGAUGCAGAAAAUGUUACAAUUGAAAUUGUUUCAACUUACUAUAGUUACCAUGAAGCAAUACUAGUUUCAGUAAGGUAAUUGACAUUUCUGACACAUAAUGAAGACUGUAUAACUGCAUUUUUCUUUUCUGUGCCCCUACCCUGCUACAAUUAAUCUGAGAUUGAGGUCCAUGAAGGUCUGUUCAAGUUCACAAGUGAAAACGAUUCCAAGGUCUAUACAGUCCUGACCAUUCCAUACCAAGUUCUAUCCAUUGUUCAUCGGGCACAAACCAGCACCUCCCAUAAUUGCUCUUCUUUCUGGAGCUCCAAAGCUACAUCCAGUCAAGUCUAAGCCAUCCAAACAACACUGGAUGCUUCCAAUCAGCAUAGGAAGCAUCCACAAAGACUGCCUGCAUUCCUACAGUUGUUUUAUAAAAUGCAAUUAAGUUAAUAGGAUUACAAGAAAACAUCUAAAAAUGAUCUAGAAAACUUCACAUAGAAAGAUUUCUGAAACACUGAAGUCAUAAUUCCUCCAUAUACCCAUCACAAGAUUUUCUGCUCCAUGAACUCCUCUAUAGA